AUGACGGAAUCGAAAAAGUUUUACAGCCAAUUGAAUAUCAAUACAAAUAAACAGAAACUACAGUACAUACAAGAUGUGGCAUCAUUAGUAUUAGGUGUUGUAGCUGGAAUCACCACACUUGAGUCUUUGAAUGGGUUUUUGUUCUUCCUCGGUGGUCUAACGUUGACGAAUGCAGCUUUCUAUAUACUAUGCGGACAAGGAAACAUUCACAAGUUUUUCCAGAACCCAUUUCAAGAGGUACUCAUUCUGGGAAUAGCAGGAAACAUUCCAGGGUACAUCAUGAUGUGGUGUUUAGUGUACGCAUUGGUUAAAUCGAGCUCGUGA